GCGUAGCGUGGACCUCGUCCUGCCCCGCAGCUCCCUGCCCGCCCGCCCCACAGAUCCCUGCCCGCUCUGCAGCCCUGGUCGGAGCGGCGAUGCGCCUCAUUCAGAACAUGUGCACCAUCGCCGAGUACCCCGCCCAGAGCAGCGCCUCCGCCGCCGACUGCUGCCUGGGGCUGGCCGGCCGCCGCCUGGUCAAGAUCGCCGUGGUGGGGGCCAGCGGCGUGGGCAAGACCGCUCUGGUGGUGCGGUUCCUCACCAAGCGAUUCAUCGGCGACUAUGAAAGAAAUGCAGGUAAUCUUUAUACCAGACAAGUCCAAAUAGAGGGUGAAACCCUGGCUAUUCAGGUUCAAGACACUCCAGGUAUUCAGGUCCACGAGAACGGCUUGAGCUGCAGCGAACAGCUGAACAGGUACAUUCGCUGGGCCGAUGCUGUCGUGAUUGUUUUCUCCAUCACCGAUUACAAGAGCUAUGAACUCAUCAGCCAACUCCACCAGCACGUCCAGCAGUUACACCCGGGCACCCGGCUGCCCGUGGUGCUUGUGGCCAACAAAGCCGACCUUCUGCACCUCAAGCAGGUGGACCCUCAGCUCGGACUGCAGCUGGCCGGCAUGCUGAGCUGCUCAUUCUAUGAGGUGUCUGUCAGUGAGAAUUACAACGACGUAUAUAGCGCCUUCCAUGUGCUGUGCAAAGAAGUGAGUCACAAACAGCAGCCCAGCAGCCUGCCCGAGAAGCGACGAACCUCCCUCAUCCCGAGGCCCAAGUCCCCCAACAUGCAGGACCUGAAGAGGAGGUUCAAGCAGGCCCUUUCUGCUAAAGUGAGGACUGUCACCUCUGUCUGA